GCUCGCCUCUAACAACACCGAACACCGAACACUGCUGACUGCAGAUAACAGAGUGAACAGUGAAGAUAGUAGUUUCUCUCUCUCCUCUCGACGAGCCAAAACCGUAAUAUCUUUCUUACAACGAUACGAAUACAUAACAUAACGUAAUAUAACAUAACAUACAUAUACAAAUAUAUCCAUACUAUAUUCACGUACCGGCACUUCCUUCUUCUUCAUCGUCAUCACCAUAAUCCAUCUCCUUUUCCUCAUCGUCCUCCACCUCCUCCUCCUCCUCCUCCUCCUCCUCCUCCUUCUCCGGCACCUCGUUGUCCACCUCUUCCUUGGUAAUUUUUCUCUUUCCCUUUAACACUCGACUCUGGUGCAUAGCACUCGUCUACAGUUCUAGUCUCUAGUCCUCUGUUCCACUCGUCUUAUCUGUUCUCUCCGGUGAGGAGUUCUCCACAACUCUCCCUCUAGAACAGAUCCUCUGAGACAACAGACACAGUCCUCUCGCAAAAGAAAGAGUGAGAGGAGCCAAUUGGAAUUGUUCGCCCACUCUUGCGUCAGCAGCCAACGCAGAAGAGCCCGAGACUCUUUCUGUUUCUGACUGCACGUCUUCAAGGUGAAGAGUUGCCUCGGUUCAUACAAGGACAUUUUAUUAUCAAUCUUACAACUCUUCACCCAGCCUAUCUCUUCCGGUAACUUAAUAUAUUGCAUUAUUAUACCCCGCGAACGAGUCAACGAGAACAAAUUGUGCGAGUUCUGUGAAUUUUUUCACAUUUUUUUUUGUGAUUUAUUUUUUUUUCUCUGUGCAAUUUUUUCGACUAUUUUUUUGUGUAACGCAAAAUUACUUGGAGUCAAAAUGGAUAAGAAGAGUUUCGCUACAAGGCUCGCGUGGAUUCUCCUGCUUGUUACUAUAAAUUCCAUUCAGGCUCUACCAGAAGUGAUAGAACCAGAAAAGCCAAACUUGGACACACUAAUAGAAGACACGACAGAGGACUAUUGGGCUGGUAGCGGCGCGGGACCAGAAGAUGCCACGGAGCUAAACCGCACCGAGACCCGGGAAUCAUUAACUCACGAAGCCAGUGACCAGGAUGCCGUGGUGUACUUAGGCGAAGGCGCUCAGUACGUUCCGGUCCCGGCAAUAAAGCCUCGAGUACCGUUGAAUCCAAAUUUGCAAGCUCUACAAACUCUACAAGGUCUUCAGGGUAUCGGAGCGACUGGAGGCACUGGAGGCGGUGGCUCUGCCACUGGGACAGGCGGAACUGCUCUUUCCAGCGAUGAUGAGUGGGGACGUCAUCCGGAAACCUGGGACAGAGAGCACCGGAGAUAUAGGCCUAAUACCACGCGUGUGCAACAUAUCGAAGCUGAAUGUCAAGAUGAUUACAUGAAAAUACGUAUCGCUUUCAAUGGAUCAUUUGCCGGACUUUUGUACUCAGCUGGUUACUCUUACGAUCCAGACUGCAUGUACGUCAACGGUACUGGAAGGGAUUACUACGAGUUUUAUAUUCAGCUUAACCGAUGUGGUACUCUUGGGGAGAACACUCAUCAUCAAGAUAGCAGGAAAAAUCCAACGAAAAAUUUGAUGUGGAAUACAGUAACAGUUCAAUACAAUCCACUCAUUGAAGAAGAGUUUGACGAACAUUUCAAAGUAACUUGUGAAUAUGGUUACGAUUUUUGGAAAACUGUGACAUUUCCAUUUUUAGAUGUCGAAGUUGCAACAGGGAAUCCAGUUGUUUUUACAUUACAACCACCAGAAUGUUACAUGGAGAUAAGAUAUGGUUACGGAACAACUGGAACUCGAGUAGCUGGGCCUGUAAGAGUUGGCGAUCCACUUACUCUUAUCAUUUACAUGCGUAGUAAAUACGAUGGUUUCGAUAUCGUUGUUAAUGAUUGCUACGCGCACAAUGGCGGUAACAAGAGGAUCCAGCUUAUUGAUCAAUACGGAUGCCCGGUAGACGAUAAACUUAUCAGCCGGUUCCGAGGAUCUUGGUCCGAGAGCGGGCUCUUUGAGACUCAAGUCUUUGCCUACAUGAAGACGUUCAGAUUCACUGGGUCCCCGGCCUUGUACAUCGAAUGCGAUGUCAGAAUGUGUCACGGAAGAUGUCCGAGCCAACCAUGUCAUUGGAGAAACUCAAAAAAUGUUGCCAAGCGUUCUUUGGCUAUUGAUGGUCUCACUACUCCAGCUUCGAGUUUAUCCGAAAAUGUAAAUCUCUUCCAAUCGCUAAGAGUUCUUCAAGAAGGUGAAGCUGAAGCAGAAGUAUUCCAAAAUACAACAACUGCAUCUCAAAGCGGAGUAAGUGAAGCAACAGGAGAUAAAGUUUGUUUACGAUCAACAGUCGUUAAUACAAUAGUAGGUUUUAGUUGUGGUUUAAUUUGCAUAAUGGUAGGUACACUUCUUGUUCUUUGUUCGAGAAUACGACGAGCAGCCAGAGAAAAGCUUCUUAGCGACAGUCUUAGUUAUAUGACUCAUAAAGGCCGAAUUAAUUAAAAAAUAAUUUCUUGUCUUCUUUUUUCAAAGAAGAUGAAUAAUAAAUAAUAAAUUAAAUUAAAUAAACAGAAAGUUAAAUCACAAUGCAUAACAACGAGAUGAGACAAAAUUAAUGGAAAUUUGUCGAUUUAUAAAAUAAAAUGAAUAUAAUAUGUAUUAACUUUUAAUUUAUAUUUAAAACAGGUACGGGUUUUCACGUUUAAUUGAUGAAAACCACAAACACAAACCGUUAGAGCGACCUCUAGGCGUUUGUGGGUUUUACUUUAUCACGCAUUAACUACAAUGUGCGAUAUAUAAUUAUAAUAAUAAAUAAUAUACAAUUAUAAUCGUAAGAAUAAUACACGUAAUAAUAUUAUGCUAUAAUAAAGUAAUUAAUUAAAUAAAUAAGAUUUAAUUAGAGGUCUUCCGAAUAAUUUA